AUGGAGCUGCUUCCUCUGCUCACGUGGGUCAUCCUUGCGCACGCCAUGGCGUACCUGGCCUGGACGGCCGCCGCACGCCGCCGGCAGUCGCGGUGCUACCUCCUAGACUACGUGUGCCACAAGCCCCGCGACGACCGGAAGCUGUCGACGGAGACGGCCGGCGACGUGAUCCAGCGCAACGUGCGGCUGGGUCUAACCGACUACCGCUUCCUCCUCCGCGUCAUCGUCCGCUCCGGCAUCGGCGAGGAGACCUACGCCCCGCGCAACAUCCUGGAGGGCCGCGAGGACACGCCCACCCUGCAGGACUCGCUGGAGGAGAUGGACUCCUUCUUCGACGAGGCCAUCGCCGAGCUCUUCGCCCGGACGGGGUUCGCGCCGCGCGACGUGGACGUGCUGGUCUUCAACGUCUCCAUGCUCUCCCCGUCGCCGUCGCUGUCGUCCCGGAUCGUGCGCCGCUACGGCCUGCGCGAGGACGUGGCGGCGUACAACCUCACGGGGAUGGGGUGCAGCGCGGGGCUCAUCGCGCUGGACCUGGCCCGGAACGCGCUGCGGACGCGGCCCCGCGCGCUGGCGCUCGUGGUGUCGUCUGAGUCCAUAGCGCCCAACUGGUACUCCGGCACCGACAAGUCCAUGAUGCUGGCCAACUGCCUGUUCCGCUGCGGCGGCUCCGCGGUGCUGGUCACCAACGACCCGGCGCACCGCAGGCGCGCCAAGAUGGAGCUCGGCUGCCUGGUGCGCGCCAACAUCGGCGCCAGCGACGACGCGCACGCGUGCGCGCUGCAGCGGGAGGACGGCGAGGGCCGCGUCGGGAUCAGCCUCAGCAAGGCGCUCCCCAAGGCCGCCGUGCGCGCGCCUUCGCCGUGA